UCUCGACGACAGCGGCAUGUUACGUUCCCGCCUCAGAGGACGACGGUCUGCGAUCUUCCAAGGUCUCUGAGUGAGCAUGGUGCGAGGCUUGCACCAGCACUACUCCGCCGCUGCCGCCCCGACCGCCUGCUCGGCAGGUCUUCGCCGUUGAUAUACCAGCAGCAGCAUCGCGCGGCGGGCGAUGCGGACGCAUCGCCGUUAUGGAUCUUCUCUUAAUGAGGAUACUGCUGCCGAUGUUGAUCGCCGACGUCCUUUGCGGAACUCUGGCUGUGCUAGCAAGUACUCCCAUCGUGCCAUCAACGCUGCCACCUUUCGCGACGGGUGCGAAGUCGAGGGUGAACGGCACGUUGAUGGAAGCAGCAUCACGGCCGCAGGAAGGUGCGAGGUCCGUCAACGUGACGUCGUCUGACGCCAGCACGACGUCAGUACCAGAGGAGAGCGAACGUGUUCUCAGACACCUCAUGCGUCUGAUGGACACGCUAAAUCACGUGCCGUACCUGGAUGCUCUCUCGCGCGGUCCUUUACACGGCAAGGACAAGAUACCGGUCAUCAAGGAGACCGUCAAAGAGCUCAAAGUGGGAGCGCACGACAACGCCACGUUGAGCGUCACGUUAUACGAGUCACCGCAGGAGGGCGGAGAAGCUCUGCCAACAAUGCAGAAGGAAUUCAUAUUUGUACAUCCACCGUCCAACGCGACUCAAGAUUUGGCGCCCGAAGCGGGAAACCUGUACGGACACGUCUCGCCGCAUGGUGCGCAACACAGCACGGGAGGCCUCGAGAGCCAGGGCUACCGUUACGGCCAGUGGGCCGCCGGUGGCCGGAGCCAGAAGCACGAGCAGCACGGUCGCCAGAGCGCGGGCGGCGCGCAGCGCCACCUGGAGGACGCUCGCGCCAAGGUGCACAAGGAGCGAGCCCACGACAAGGGCGGUCAGGCCGAGCGCAAGUACAGGGUCCGAACCGAGAUCGAGUACUUCGAGAGGGAGAAAUUCAAGGACGACGAGCACGACAAGCUGAAAGCGGCCCACCGCAGCAAAACGAGCAGCGACGCCAUCAAGGGCGCCGACAGGUUCGCAUCGCAAGGGCAUCAGAGCCACCAGAGGCACCUCGGUGGUGGCUACGCGCAGGGAACCCACCACGCUGUGGGCGUCGGGUACGCACCCGUGCACGUUCACGGUGCACCGGCUACUGGCGGCAGCAAGGGAAUAGACGGUGGCAGCAGGGGCUUCUCCCAGAAGGACGCGCAGAACCAUGAGGAGUACCACCACGAGGCCGGAUCGCAGGGUUUCACCGACAAAGACAAAGGCCACCAGCGUGCCGGCUGGAGGGAGCGUGGCUACCGCAUCAUCGCGGAGAAGGAGUACGUCGACAGAGACAAACACCACGACAAAGCUUACGGUGUCGACAACCAGGAGCAAGGGCAUCGACUCAGGUCCCAGGGGCAGCACGGUCACAAACAAGGACACGACGACAUAAAGAAAGCGAAGGAACACUACAGUCGCGGCGUGCACGACUCGGCGCACCACGAGAAGGCUCACAAGAACAACAGGGGUGCCUACGGAAAGACUUACCAAAUAGAUGGCUCCGCAGCGCACCCCGCGGGUCCACGCGACCACCUCUCGAGUUCCACAGACAAAGUAGCCGAACUCGAAGCUGGAAAUGCAACAAGUUCGCCCGACGAUGUAACUAGACGAAAGAAAGUAAUUCGAAUUCGAGUUCUUAGCAAGACGCCUGGCGUCGCUUCGGUCAGAAUCGGGGGACAAGCCAGGCACAUGGCACCUGAAACCGCAGGUAAAUAUGGAGGUCCAGAAGGCGACGUUGUAAGCCGAUGGGACAGGUCUCGCCGCCCGAAGGCUUCACUGAAAUAGAUAACUCUGGUCGCAGCGCUGAGAGUGUCGCAGGCGACCCGUCCACAGAUUUAGAACAAACGCCAAAGAAGCAUUUCGUCCCCAUGGAAGUAAUGACAAGUCUCUACACGAACGUGCGAGGUGGCACACCAUUAGCCAUCCUGAGUGAGAAGCCGAACGUGAGCAACCAGCAUUACGUCAGUGAAAUUCAUCAA